GUACCUACUACAUAUGUACAUACUUGAUGGUAUAGUAAAAAACACGAAGUUAUCGUGAUAACAAAAUUAAUAUAAAAAUAAAAAAUAAACACAGUUCUUCGUUGCCUUUAGAGAAUUGUUUUUGUGUGUGAUUUUGGAUAGAUCUACGACCUGAUGCGAUCACAUUGAUGCAAUUAUGUUGAGAAAUACAUUUCCAGGACCUAAUAGAAUGUUACUGCUCUGGUUAUUCGCUAUUAUUCCAUUAUUCUGUAGCGUAUCAAAUGCUGACACUGUUCCACGCGGAGAACCUGGCUUACGUGGUCCACCUGGUGUACCCGGUGUACCCGGUAUACCUGGAAUGAAAGGAGAAAGGGGAGAGAUUAGGCCACCGGGACAAGAUGGAGUUCCAGGAUUACCCGGACUAAAGGGAUCUUCUGGACUACCCGGACUACCCGGACCAAUCGGACCAUCCGGACAAAUCGGAAAAAUCGGACCUUCUGGAUUUCCUGGAUAUCCGGGUGAAAAGGGUUCAAAGGGAGAGUCUGGAUUACCUGGAUUCCCUGGAGCACCUGGAUUUCCUGGAGAAACGGGCCCGGUGGGAUUUCCAGGUCUAAAGGGUGAACCAGGAUCACCAGGAACCUGUGGUUGUCCGCCUCCACAGAAUGAUGCACCAAUGCCUCAGGUGAUAUCUAAGGAAGAAAUCGGUGUUGCAAAAAAUCCUGCUCUAACGUGUCGUGAAAUCGCUGCCAAGGAUCCAAGUUCUCCGAAUGGGGAUUAUUGGAUAAAUCCAAGCGAAGGUGACAUAAGGAAUGCUAUUUUAGUCCAUUGUGAUAUUGAAAAACGUAUGACGUGCAUUUACCCUCGAAACAUUCGUUCCAAGACUUUUGAUAUUUCUUCUGCCAAGUCGGAAGUAUGGUUAGGAAGUAAUAAUUCUGAUUUUAAGAUUGCUUACAAAAUAAACGAUCUUCAACUCACUGCACUGCAAAAACUUUCCAUUUUAUCAACACAGAAUAUAACUUAUCAUUGCAAAAAUGCUAUUGCUUAUUACGAUAAUGCCAGCAAGAACUAUGAAAAAAGUGUCAAAUUACUGGGAUGGAAUGAUGUAGAAAUUACUCCACAAAGUCACCCAAAUUUGCAGUUCACAUCUGACCAAGAUGGAUGCCAAUACAAACGCAACGAGUGGUCAUCUGCAAUCCUGAAUUAUAGAACUGAUAAACCAUCACGACUUCCUAUCGCUGAUAUUGCAGUUCGAGAUGUUGGACGAAGCGAACAGAGCGUUUUUGUGGAAAUGGGGCCUGUUUGUUUCAUCUAAAUUGGAUUGAUACCUACGAAUAUAUCUGCUUCACUAAUAACAUCUAUUUCUGCAUUUAAAAUGAUAUUUCAAACAUAGAAUAGGUAUUAAAUUGAUAAAUAUAGGCAACGAUAAAGAAUAUAUUUUGUUUAUAAGUUACUUUUGGCUGUUAUAUCCAAAUCUGAAGGUUGUACUGCCACCUAUAUAUUUUCAAUAAACUGGUAGCACCCUACAACUGUUGUAAAUGCUCGAGUAAUAUUGCUUAAUAAAUUAUUUUUGAGUCAAAAA